AUGCCUGACCCAUUGAGUUCUGCCUACAAGGAUGACUCGCUGUCCCCCGUCGCAUCGCUCGCGAAGGACGGAGAGCUAGAGAAGGCAGUUGAAGUUGAUACCUUCGCGGACGGCAAUGUCGGCCUCAAUGAAUUCGAGGCUGCAAAGAACGCUGGUGUGCGUGUCACCGCUGCCGAGAAUAAGAGGAUCGCGAUGAAGAUCGACAUAUGGAUCCUUCCCAUGUUGUGCAUCUCGCAAGCCCUCAGUAUCGUGGAUAAGACCGCGCUCAAUUACGGCAAUCUGUACGGUAUGAAGACCGACCUCGGUGUUACUGGUCAGCAAUUCGAUUGGUUCGCCAGCGCAUUCUACUUCGGAUAUCUCAUAGGGAAUUACCCUCAAGGCUGGUUGCUGCAGCACUACCAUUCCGGAAGAGUACUCGCCACAAUGACUGCCAUCUGGGGCGUUAUUGUUAUAUGCAUCGCUUCCGCUAAGUCAUUUGGUGGCGUUCUAGCUGCAUAUUUCUUCCUCGGUAUCAUCGAAUCGAUUGUUACGCCUGGGCUCACCCUCCUUACCGCGAUUUGGUAUGCUCAGCCUGAAGUACCUUUGCGCACCAUGAUAUGGUAUUCUUUCAACGGCUUCGCAGGCAUAUUCGGCGGAUUCCUCGCGUACGGCGUGGGACACAUCCGGCAUCCGUCUUUAGCCAGGUGGAAAUACAUCUUCCUAAUCCUGGGUGCGAUCAGUCUGGCAUACUCGUUUAUCCUCUGGUUUAUGAUGCCCGAUUCACCUGUCGGCGCACGCUUUCUCACGAAGGAUGAGAAACUCAAAGCCGUAAAGCGUGUUGCUGAAGCGAAGAAUGGUAUGAAGAACAUCGAGUUCAAGACCUAUCAAAUUAAGCAAGCGAUACGUGACCCCAAGACCUGGCUUCUGUUCAUUGCGGCAAUUGCUGCACAAAUCCCAAACGGGAUUGUAUCCAAUUUUUCGACGAUUGUCAUCAAGGGUAUGGGCUUCACUACUUUGCAAACGACAUUGUUGGAUGUCGCAUCCUCUGGCGUGCAAAUUGCCAGUCUCCUCGUUGCAGGACUUAUCACCACUUACAUCAAGAACUCGCGUGUGGUCACUAUGGCUGCUGGAAACAUCACUUGCAUAAUCGCUGCAGCCUGCCUAACGUACUUACCGUCUGACCAGAAGUGGAAUCGUCUCGUGGCUUACUGGUUUACCUCGUUUCAGUCAGUUGGCUUCUCGCUGUCCUUAGUCAUGAUCUCGAACAACAUUGGCGGGUACACCAAGAGGACGUUUACCACGGCUCUUACCUUCGUCGGUUACUGUAUUGGCAAUAUCAUCGGACCUCACUUUCUUAUCUCGAGUGAGGCUCCCACGUAUCAUACUGGAACGAGGGCGAUGUUUAUUGGCUAUGUCAUUAAGACUGCCUCUCUCAUUCUACUUGGCCUCUACAUGUGGUACAGAAACGUGAAGAAAGACCGCGAAUACGGUAAGGUCUCGACUUAUGAAGACGAGCUGAAGGGUGAAGAGGCCGGCAUGCAUGAUCUCACAGAAUUUGAGAAUCCGUAUCAUCGAUACGUUCUUUGAACUGUUGAUGCCUCCACGCGUUCCAUUCAAUGCAUCAUGAUUCGUAGGAGAAGAUUCCGCGUGUUGUAAUGAAUUCAAUGUUCGCGAGUCAUUGCCUUGCCUUCACUAUUCCUCUCCCCCCCUCCCCAUAACUUCAUUUUCCUUUACAUAUCACUAGAGUUAGAAAUAGAAGUAGGAUCUCGUGUGUACCUGUGCCAUGGUGAUGCUACUGUCGACCUGGUUAAUAAGCGUUGC